CUGUUGGCCACUACAUGACGAUUCCUGUGACAUCACUGCUUAACCUCUCGACAAAUCUGAAGCUUUGUUUUCUUGGUGUAGCUGAACGUUUCAAAAAAUUUCGACAAGCUUCUUCAUUCAGAGGGGAAAAACAGAUGUCUUGCGGUGUUACUGAGAGGGUAAUCGAGAACAGACCAGGGUCUGGAAGUAUACCAACUCCUGGAGCUGGGGGUGCCUCGGAGCCCCUAAAUUUCAGACUUCGUGGUGCAACAAAUGCCAACACACCAACAAAUUCACAAGAUCAACGAGCAACAAUGCGAAGACCACUGUGUUGGAUUUUGUAUUGUUGCAGUUGUAGCUGCUGCUGUUCAACACCUGGUAAGGGAAACGAUGACAAUGGACCAACAAGAAACUCAAACAAUUCCGAUUUAUUGAACUACGAGUGUGAACAACCUUACAACAUAGAUGAGAUAAGAAGUUGGGGGCAUUCCUUUGAUAAACUAAUGCGCAGUUCAGCUGGACGAAAACUCUUCAGGGAUUUCCUCAGAAUGGAGUACUCGGAAGAGAAUAUACUAUUUUGGCUGGCUUGCGAAGAAUUAAAGAAAGAAGAAAACCCCGAGGUGGUGGAGGAAAUGGCACGGAUCAUCUACGAAGAUUAUAUUUCUAUACUGUCUCCGAAGGAGGUAUCCUUGGAUGCACAAGUACGAGAAGUAGUCAAUCGCAACAUGGUGAAACCAACACCGCAUACGUUUGACGAAGCACAAUUUCAGAUUUAUACACUGAUGCAUAGAGACAGUUAUCCAAGAUUCGUAAAUUCGGCUUUAUACAGGUCCCUAGUACGUCAUCUCCCACCAGAGGAUUUACUAGAAGAAUCAAUACCCCCUGAUUAGGAAACAAAGCUUACAUAACAGUCGAAAUUUUGGGUAACCCCCAUGAGAACCGACAAUAACUCAGAGGGGGUCAGAUCAAGCCCCCUUCGCACAAGUUUCAGCCUAAAGGCGCAGUGCAUCGAAGAUCAGACCUAAUUUUGACAUAGAUGGCCAUCAGAACCUCCACCAGUGUACUAUACGGUGCAAUAUAUACAUAUAUCUGUCGAAUUCUCGUUUUUUAUGUGUAAAUAUAUAAAUUCUUCGUCAGGUCAGACUGAGGUCUACUGACCUAACGCGUAUUCUUCCGAAAGAUCUCAGAUGUAAGAGCCCCUCGACCACUUACAACUAAUCACCUCAAAUAUUCGUAGUAUUUUCAGAAUUAAGACGAAACGUUUUAAGUAUGUGUUUAAGUGAAAAUCUUCUAUUCCAAAACCUGACGGACCCAAAUUGCCACUUGUCUUCGAGAAUUAAUAUCCAACUCCCACUAUUUCGUGUUUUCGCGGCGAGCAUUGAUUGUUCAAUGCUUCCUUCCGUUCGAUCAAGUGGAAUUCUUUCACUUUUUAGAUUACAAUACUCAAUUCUACGUUGAUACUGUUAGAUUCUGGAAUACUUCGGUCAAAAGUUUCAGUAUUGAAGUCACUACAUCGAGACAAUCAUUAACUCUAACUUUUGUUUAUUCUUAGGGUUUUUCGAGUACUUUUUUUCGCAUAUGUUGGGUAAUCCGUCUAUGGUAAUGAAAACAUCUGAAGAACAUGUAAAGCGUUACAUAUACAUAACAUACAGAACAGUAUCGUAUAUAAAUUCGAUUGCAAUGCGUUGUAUUCAAGAAUUGAUCCAAAAAAAAAAACAGUCAGAGCCUAUAGUUCUAUUUUUUCACAGCUUAAAAUUGCGUAAUAUCGAUUCAAAGAGGACCUGAAUACUUCCUGAGGAAUAAAUGUAAGUAACCUUCUCCUAACUGAGCUGUAGGCGAUUACUUCACAAACUUCAUAGCGUACAAAAAUAAAUUAUCGUUAUAAUGUAAGCCAAAUCAUUAUAGUGCAAAUUCAGAUUGUCGAGAUAGUUCUCAAAAGUAAUUGCAAGUAUUAAAUAAGUAUUUGCUUUUUACUCUUGAAAGCUAUCUUCUAUAUUUUCACUGGAAUCUAGGUACUCCUUAGACCAAUUAAAUUGUUCGAUACGAUUAAGAAAAUUGCUUGUGAGGACAUUGUAGGUCUUAUUUUAGAAGUGAGUCAGAAUCCUAAAAAUAAUAGAUUAGAACAAAAGUUUCAGCAUGAAAUUCAAGUCAUUGUUCUUUACAAUCAUCAUCAUCAUUUGCAUCAGCAUUUUUGAAAAGCGAGAGAAUCAAAAUACAACCAGUUUUCCGAUUUAUUCU